AUGGCAACAACGAAGGAGGAGGAGAUGGAGUGCGAUGAGGCUGUUCAAAGUGAAGUCGAAGAGAAGUUGGAGAGAAAUUCAGAAUUUCUCUAUUUGCAGGUUGAGAGCAUUGAGGACAUUAAAAUACAGAACGGUAUUUUCAAAUACCGUGUUCGAUGGGUUGGCUGCAAACCUAGUGAAGACACGUGGGAACCUGAAGAGAGUUUCACCGGUUCUGAAAGUAAGGCCUUGUUGGAGGAGUUCCGAGAAGCACAUAAGGAAAAGGUUGAGCAGCUUCUCAAGGCCGACAAACUUGAUGAAGGUCAUUCAGAAGCGAGAAAAGCCAGGCGAACAAAGCGUGGUCCUCGAUGGGAAUAUGUAUCGGAAAUAGUUACGAGAGAAGAAAGUAGCAGUUUGAAGCCACGAGAACUUCAGGCCGAUGAUGUUUUCUACGGAAAACCGGCAGCGGAAUUGGCAGAUGCGCCUAGUGAAUUGAAGAAACUUUUUGAUCCUACUCACAAGAAUACAGCUACUGAAUUAUUCCUUACCACGACAGAUCCGUCGGUGAAGGUCACCAGAAGUCAGACAAAAGCGCUAAUAGGUUCAUCACGAGAGGCUUCAAGAUCCAAUACUCCAACGCUCUCGUCCAAAUUGCUGACGCCCGAUGACACUUCACGUGGUUCAGCGAGCCCUACUCCUCAACCAGCACCAAAAGGACGUCAAAGGAAAGGAAAAGCGCCACCUCAAAGGGCCACAAAACGGAAAGCCGCUGAACGAAAGAAGGAAUCUGAGACUGCAGUUGAAACCGUGGUUAUCGCUUCAUCUAGUGUGGCUGAAAAUCAGGCUUCUACACCGUCCUCAUCUGACAAACCUCCGAUUGUGCUGAAGCUUACUUUGAAGAAAGCCGACAAGCCUGCAAAGAAGGAAAAGCGCUCUUCAUCUGAGAAGGCACCAAAAGAGAAGAAGAAAAGAGAGAAGAAAUCUUCGUUGGAUACUGUAAUGUCUCCGCCGCCGUCACAAGGGAAGGAUGCUGUUCAGCCUGAGAACCGCACCUGUCUCAGAAGAUAA